AUGAAAGCACCUGAAAAUCUACUAAAUAGUGUGAAGUCAUCAGAAGCUUUACUGGAUAGUGUAAAGGCACCUGAAACUUUACUGGAUAGUGUGAAGACAGCUGAAACUUUACUGUGUAGUGUGAAGGCACCUGAAACUCUACUGGAUAGUGUGAAUACAGCUGAACCUCUGUUGUGUAGUGUGAAGGCACCUGAAACUUUACUGAAUAGUGUGAAGACACCUUUAACUCUACUGGAUAGUGUGAAGGCACUUGAAACUCUACUGAAUAGUGUGAAGACGGCUGAACCUUUACUGUUUAGUGUGAAGGCACCUAAAACUCUACUGGAAAGUGUGAAGACAGCUGAAACUUUACUGUGUACUGUGAAGGCACCUGAAACUCUACUGGAUAUUAAACGUGCAAAAUACGUUGGCGAACAGGCAUCACAGAACAAUACAUAUGUUAAUGUCAAAGUCCAAAAUGUCAAAACAACAACUCAAACUGUCAAGGGUGCAGAACCAGUGUGGAAUCAAGACUUUCUAUUCGAAACAAAUGCAACCUCAAAUUCCGGCGUCGUCAUUGAGGUAUGGUGCAAAAAUCUUAUCCUCGAUCGCGCUCUCGGCUUCCAAUACAUUCCACUCGACACCCUACCGUACAAUCAAUUUGAAUAUCCAGCAACAUAUGAACAAUGGUUCACAAUCGAUACCGAUUUGGUGACAGUAAAUGGCGAGGUGCAAGGCACCCGCGAUCCUACGGGUCAUAUGAUACUUCUUGAUCUCCACUUUGAGCUGCCGUAUGAUGUCGACACUCAAAAUGCGACCGAUGGGAAAAUGAUUAAUUAUCAGAAUAAUCAGAAUGAGCAAUAUAUUGAGAAUUAUGGCGACUAUCAAUCGGAUUACAAUUAUCAAAUGAUGAAUAAUCAUCAGCAGAAUAGUUUUGGUGUGUCAGCAACGACUCCAAUGUCAUCGCUUGAGACGUCACGACAAAACUCGUAUGAGCGAGAUGAGAGGCAAUAUUAUGACUGUAAUAAUCAUUAUAACAAUAGUUAUCCUGAAGAGGAUGAGGAUAUUUAUGAGGAUGCUGAGGAUGGUGAAAAUUAUGAAGAUGGUGCUUUGUAUUAUAAUUCGAGACCAAUGAGAUUAUUCGUGAAUUUGUAA